AUGCGGCGCUGGAUCAUUCCUCUCCUCGUUAACUUGUUUCACGUUGGUGUUCUAAACGCAGCCAUGGGACUGUGUGAAAUUGAAACCGACGAAAACGGUGAGCAGAAAAAAGAUUUUCUUAAGUUUUUUGAAAGAUUUGAUGGGCAGUACCUUCAUGUAUAGGCGUUUUUGGACAACUGUCUAGGUUAGAGUCAGCACCGUAGAAUCCCGUAUUAGCAGGUAGUCAUCCGUCUAAUGUCCUAACCCUAGGGCGUCGUAGUUGUGUCACUUCCUGUGCAACUUUCAUGCCGGUAUUUCUUCUGCAUUGCCACUUAGACAAGCAAAAGGAAACGAGUAUGUCCCAUCUCACAAUCAGACCCGUGACGACCGGAUUUACAUGAUCUUAAAUAUUCCCGAUCGAUCAGCCAACUAGCUUUGCAUUACGAAUGAACGUUACUGGUCAGUGCAGACAUGACGACCACGACGUGGGGCUCUGCGGCGUCAAAUCCGCAACGCGCCACAGACCUGGUGGGGACUUAACUGCCAUCGAACCCUCGUUUAUUUUCUAAAGUGAACACUAAGAGUGGAUCCAGCCGGCUUGUCUUGGCCAAUUAUGGCCAGUGGAAAACAGUGUGAACUGAAGGAAAGAAAUGGUGCCACCCUAAUGCUGCAGGAAAAUUAGAGCAAAUUUAAACUAUCAUGGCGACCCUCAGAGUCGUGACCUUGAUAAUUGAUAACUUGGAGCUAGGAGUCAGGUUGCAGAGGCUACUGGAUGUGACAUGGGUGUCAAACUAACAAACACUGGCAUCGCAGGUGUGGUCGGAUUCCGAAUGUGCGAACCAGCAGCAUGUUCCAGUACGCGUGGAUCAGGCGGAAUACCGCCAUGUCAGAAAGGAGUGUAUAAAGUAACACAGGUCUCCCACGAUCUAGCCCGCCUCGCGCGUAAAAGACACGCCCUCCUCCCUCUCACGCAAACGGAGAUGGCUUCUGGCCAAUUCACCGGAAAGGCUGUAAAAUUAACUCGGACAAGAGAGCUAUCCGAAGCGCAAAUUGCUCCCCUCGACUUGUGCGAAAAACCACCAAGAACAGACUACGUUGCCUUCUUCCCAAUGACAAUAGCGACCGCUUAGAGUGAGUACCUGGUAGGAAUUAAGACUGGAUUUAAGUAGCAAACAGACUAUUCGACAAAAACCAAGUAAAUUGCUCCCCCAACACCGCUUGUGGUAGGGUAGUUUGUAGUUUUUCGCAAACUCGAAAGAGACCAGCGGCAACUUCGGCAGGUCGGACCAACCCUCGGAUUGACUCUGUUAUGCGACCAUCUUUCGAGUAAUCAUACAUAUGUGGUAGGGUUUCGCUGAUGAAAUUUUAUGAUGCUGGUGUCCUCUAAUCUGCCAAGGUUGCAACUACAUUAACUACAACGGGGACCGGGUGAACCUCGUGGACCGCGAUUGUCUGGAGGUGAGCAUCGGCGAACACAAUGUUUCUACAAUCGACAUAUCCAACAUCACCCGGAUUAUUAUCAUUGAAGGCAGGCGCUACAAGCGUGUGUCGUUGUAAGUUUUCAAGUUAACGCAGGAAUUAUGCCAUGUGCUAAUAAUCAGAGAAUAGUUCGCCGCAUUAUAAAAUUGGACACACCGUGACAAUGGAAAAAUUAAAAGUCUGACGGCUUUGUUUUUAGUAUAAACUUUGAAUAA